GCUCGCCCUCCGCCCUGUUCCCCUCCCGCUCGCCGUUAGGGAGGCUCUGCGCCUCAGCCGCCACCGCCUCCGCCGCCGCUCCCGCCCACUUCUCCGCGUCUGCCGCCGCCGCUGCCCGGGGUCUCCGGGGGUCGCUACCGGGCUGGCCCCGCGCCACUGCAGUCGCUUCAGCCUCGCGCUAGAGGCCGCUUCGGGAGGAGACCCGCCGGCCGCCGUGCCACUUAGGGCCUCAGUUCUCGCCUUGUCGACGUCGCCAAGGGUUCUGGAGAAGCGGCCAAGGCCGGACAACGGGGCUUCGCGGUUCCAACGAUUAACUGCUGAAGUACUGAUCGAGUUCUGCGUUUCUUCAAUGAGGAACUACAGGCUGAUCUUCUGCCAUAAUCUCAAACAACCAUAAAUGACUGAAAGAUGCUUGCUCAGUGAGGGUAGCUGGUGCAGAAGCCGUUUGUAAACUUAGGUGUUUAAGUACUCACAGAAAAGACAGCUUUGAUUUCUGGCUGCAAAAAAGCUAUGAGGAAGAGCUCCUCCCCUUCCUUGAGUAACUGCAACUCCGAUCUUGCUAGCAAAAUAUUUGGAAUUCCACUUGAUGAGCUGCAGCAGGGAGGACAUCCAGACAAUGAGGUUCCGUUCAUAGUCCGCCACGUUGUGGACUAUAUUGAGGAACAUGGAGGUCUGGAGCAACAAGGGCUGUUUCAAGUCAAUGGGAAUGCUGAGACAGUGGAGUGGCUUCGGCAGAGAUACGACAGUGGAGAAGAGGUGGAUUUGGUUAAGGAAGCGGACGUCCCCUCAGCCAUUAGUCUCCUUAGGUUUUUCCUGCAGGAGCUCCCCGAGCCCGUCAUACCUGGCAGCUUGCAUAUUCACUUGCUGCAGCUUUCUCAAGAUUAUAAUAAUGAAGAUGAAUUUGGAAGAAAGCUGAGGUUCCUCUUGCAACAGCUUCCACCUGUUAAUUACAGUUUGUUAAAGUUUCUGUGUAGGUUUUUAGCCAAUGUAGCAUCACAUCAUGAAGAAAUUUGGUCUGCAAAUUCUUUGGCUGCUGUUUUUGGUCCAGAUGUCUUCCACAUUUACACGGAUGUGGAGGAUAUGAAAGAGCAAGAAAUCGUGAGCAGGAUAAUGGCGGGACUUCUGGAAAAUUAUUAUGAGUUUUUUGAGAAUGAAGAGGAAGAUUUUUCAUCAAAUGAUUUGAGUUCAAUUACUGAGCAGGUUAAUGAACUUUCUGAGGAAGAAGAAGAAGAUGAGAAGCUGGACCAUGUAGAAGAACUUCCAGAAGAAGGUGUAGAGAAGUCAGCUGGCGUGCCCGAGGUGCUGCAGUCACGGAUGGCUGAAAACACCCAGGAGUCAGACAGUGUGAUAGCACCAGCAAGGGUUGCUGCUGCUGCUGCUGCUACUACUAAUGCCAGUGAUGGUAACACAAAGUGUUCAAAGCCUGUGGCUGGUACUACUGCAGAUAAUGAAGUCAUGCAGCAAGAUUUUGUAUUUGAGGAUCAGAAAAAUAAUGAGUCUGUAGGUAUACUGUUAGAGCCUUGUAGUGACCACGGGGAUAGUGAAGAUGGCUGUCCUGAGAGGAAGGAAUAUUUAUUAUGUGACACUGAUAAAUUGCCCCACUUGAUUCUGGAUUCUAGUAGCAAGAUACGUGACUUGAACGCCAACACUGAGUUGGAGGUAACCGAAGGUCAGAGUGUUGGUGUUCACGGAGAAGCAGCAUGUAUACAGAUUGCACAUUUAGAUCUGAAGAAUGUUUCUGAUGGUGACAAAUGGGAAGCGUCAUGCCUUAUCACUUUCCCCCUCAUUGAUUUCAAAACAAUGCAUCUGCAGAGAGAUGGGGAGGAGCCAUUUCCUGCAUUUAAGUCUUGGCAGGAAGACUCUGAGUCUGGAGAAGCCCAGCUGUCUCCACAGGCUGCAAGGAUGACUCACCACCCCCUGGGAGAGGACUGCCCUCCAGUAUUAUCUCAUCGCAGUUUAGACUUUGGGCAAAGCCAGCGUUUCCUACAUGAUCCAGAAGCAUUGGAUUUCUCAUCAAAGGCACUUUCCUUUACUAGAAUUCGAAGGUCAUCCUUCAGUUCAAAAGAUGAAAAAAGAGAAGACAGAACACCUUAUCAGUUGGUCAAGAAGCUUCAGAAAAAAAUCAGACAAUUUGAGGAGCAAUUUGAAAGGGAAAGAAAUAGCAAGCCCUCCUACAGUGACAUUGCAGCCAAUCCGAAGGUAUUAAAAUGGAUGACAGAGCUUACAAAGUUACGGAAGCAAAUUAAAGAUGCAAAACACAAAAACUCUGAUGGAGAAUUUGUGCCUCAGACACGUCCUCGGAGUAACACUCUGCCAAAAAGUUUUGGCUCUUCUCUAGGCCAUGAAGACAGCGAGAGUGACGGUGAGCCCAGAGCCAUUCAGAAAGAGAAGACGCCGUCUAAGGAAGCGACUCUUGAGCUGAUCACAAAACGAUUGAAGGAAAACCGUGCUGAGCGGCACCUUCCUGAGGACGUCAAGAAAAUGACAAAAGAUCAUUUGAUAGAAGAGAAAACGUCUCUGCAGAAAAGUCUGCUUUACUAUGAAAGUCAACACGGAAGGCCGGUGACCAGGGAAGAAAGGCACAUUGUUAAGCCUCUCUAUGAUAGAUACAGGCUGGUAAAGCAGAUGCUGACACGAGCUAGCAUUACUCCUGUCCUUGGGUCUCCCUCCACGAAGCGCCGGGGUCAGAUGUUACAGCCAAUCAUAGAAGGAGAAACGGCACACUUUUUUGAAGAAAUCAAGGAAGAAGAAGAAGACGGUGUCAGCCUCUCCUCUGAGUUAGGUGACAUCUUGAGCACAGCCGUGCACACACAGUCAUCCCUGGAAAACUCAGAAUCUGAUGCUGAAGAAAAACUGGCUCGGGACCUCUGCUUGUCAAGUACUCGUGCGGCCUCUAUGCCUGAAUUACUGGAACAACUUUGGAAAGCCAGAGCUGAGAAAAAGAAACUACGUAAGACCUUACGGGAGUUUGAAGAAGCGUUUUAUCAACAAAAUGGCAGGAAUGCCCAAAAGGAGGAUCGUGUUCCAGUCCUUGAGGAAUAUAAGGAAUACAAAAGAAUUAAAGCCAAGCUUAGACUUCUUGAAGUUCUUAUCAGCAAACAAGACUCUUCAAAAUCCAUAUAAAAUAUGUUGCUUGAAAGUUGACAUCAUAAAGUGAUUGUGUUCCCUGAUGGUUCACCAUGUGUGCUUGGCUCAUCCUUGCGUUCACUUUGUCAGGCACUCAGAGAAUUCCAUUUUGUCCUUGUUUGUGGUUUCAGUAGGGCAAGGAAAGGCUGUGCCCCGUUACCUACCACAGACCUCUCCUCACUUAGCCACGUUACCUACCGCAGAUCCCUCCUCACUUAGCAAACAUGCAGGUACAUCUAUUAGCAAAGGACAAGAAUUUUAUUCUUUUUACUUCAAGAACUUUGGAAAUACAAGGCUUUUUUGUUUACUUUUUGUUUUUUAUUACUGAAGAAAAUUGAGAGGAAAAUCUUCACACUGAAUGAAAUUCUUCAGUUGCCUUUUUCUUACAAAACGACUGAAAAUUUAAAAGAAUAGCUUAUAAGUGUGACAUAUGUAACUUUUUUUUCUAGAAAACCAAACUGAAUUUUCAGAUCCUACAUUGGAACACCUUGUGUAUAUUUCCCAAAGUGACACCUGCACAGAUAGUACUCAGCCAGAAUUUGCAAUUCAGUGGUCACACUCCUGAACCAAGACAACAGCGGCUAGACCACAAAGCAGCCGUGCAACAUCACACACAUCACUCACACGCUGCCUACAGGACUUCAGUUACUGUCACCAGCUGGCAAUGCUGACUUGUCUGGAUCAAACCCUGUGCUGUCCCCAACCCACUCCAGAUAAUGUGAGAAAAUAGCCAAGCCAGUGUGGAGGGCCUGGGGCGGUGCUCAGAUGGGUGCGUGUCAGCUGGGCCUCAAAAGAAGGAGCGCACCCCAGUGUGUUCUCUAAGGGCUAAACCACUGCAGCUUUCCGUGCUUAUUCAGGGGGCUUCAUCUCCACGUGAGCAGCUCUCGCCAGGCGCCUGCUGGUUAAAGUGGCCGCUCACAGAUGUGUAGUGGUGUGCUCCUUGUAGACUCUUAGCAUCUUUUUCCCUUGGCUUUGCACGGCUUUUCAGGUAACCUGCUAAUCAUUUUUAUGGGACAGUAACUUGUGUUAAUACGACAGAUGUGGGUCAGGCUUAAUCUAAGUGGGUCGUCCCUCAUUCCCCACCCCCACCCCAGUGCUUUUUUGAAUUGAUAAAUGUCUCACUUUGCCCAUGCUUUGCAUGUAAUGACUCAUGCAUGAUUUUCUUAAUAGUUUGUUUCAUACAAAUGGAAUUUCAUAACAUCUUUAAUAAGAUGAGGAAAGCAUGAACCUUGAAUGCUGGCACUAUUGUUACCCAGUAAGAGCAGGAAGUAAGUUUGAUAAUAAAUAGUGUGUCUAAGUACUUCACAUCUCACUUGUGUGCAAUGCCUUUUUGGGGGGAGAGGGGAAACCCAGCAGUAGUGAAUGUGUAGUUGGAGGGAUUUUUUUUUUUUUAAGUACUGGAUCAUCCAGCCUUGUUUGUGUGCUUUCCUUUUGAUAAUGCUAGGUCACUCAUAAUGUAUUUUUAGAAAAGUAAUUAAGAAUGCCAAAAAAAAAAAUGUAUCAUUUGAUUUGAACCCAUCAUGUGGUGUACUUUUUAGUUUUUUUUCAGACUGGAUUGCUAAUGUAAUUUUUUAUGUGCACUGUAUAUUUUUAUGAAUGUUUUAUUUUGUAUACCACAUGCAAAAAUGUUCAUGUGCACUAUUUAAAUGUUUUAAAUAAUAUAUUCCUUCUCUAUAACGCUAAAUCUAUUUGAGUACAAUAUUUUUAUAAGUCUGCAGCCUGACUGGUUUCACUGAGUUACAGCUGCUUCAUGAUUUGGUCGUUCAGUGUUAGUUUUGGCUGAGUAGAGAAGCGAAGUGACUCGCACACUGACUCAUGGUUAGCAGUGUCCCGGGAUAGUUAGGCAGCUUGCGAGAGUUUUACUUUGGUACAGAUAAACUAUAUCUAUAUACAAUACUAUAUAGAUAUAUAUGUGUCCACUUAUAAUUGCAUUGCUGUGUUUGUUUGGCACUUCAUUGUACAGACUUUUGUAAUAAAAGAACUUCACUGUUCUAAGUCA